AUGAAUCGAAAAAGUCCACAUUUUCUUGUUAGUCGACUGUUAGAAGAUACCAAAAUAUUUGAUAAUGGAACAUCAUCAUCUAAAAACCAACUUGAUAAUAGUUUGGAUAAUGCUGACAAUAAUAGUGAUGAUGAAUAUUCACAACAGAUGAACAUGGAUGAAUUAGUUCAUAGCAAUACCUAUAAACUACUAUCCAAAUCUGAUGAUGAUCAAUUCAAUACUUCUGAUCAAUCUAUAAAUCUCUCUAAACCAUUCUUAUAUUCAAAUCAAUAUCAAUCGGACAAUUAUCAUCAUAAACAAACAUUAAUACCUGAAAUACAUAAUUUUCAUGAACAUCAUAAAUCUGAUAUGACUAAUCAAAUCUUAUUAGAUUCAUUACAUAUGCUCUGGUCAAAUCAAUGUUCUGUAUUGAAUUCAUCAGAAUUAAUAAAACUUUUUAAACGAUAUAUAGAAUCAUAUCGUCAUAAUGUAUCAAGUACUAAAUCAUUAUCAAUACCAACAUCCAUAACAACUAACACUAGUAAUACGUCACUUGUUAAUAAUAAUUUCAAUAAAACUAAUGAAGGAUUAAUAAGAAAUCAUAAUUCAACCAAUACUUGUCAUUUAUAUGAACAUAAUCAACCAUCUUUUCAAGCAAUUCCUUCAAAUGUAAUCAAUUCAAAUUCUAAUAAAGAAAUAAAACAUUCCUCGGAUAAAUUUACUUCAAAUUUAAUAAAUAAUAAUAUUAAAUCACAUUCUUACAAUCAAAACCAUUUAAUUCAUAAUGGAGUUGAAGAAAAAUCAUUAAACAAUAGAAUGACAAGACGUAGAAAACGUCGUAUUUUAUUUAGUAAAUUACAAACUGCUAAACUUGAAGAGUGUUUCAAUGAACAAAGAUAUUUAACAGCUUCCGAAAGAGAGCAUUUAGCUAGAAUAUUAAAUUUAACACCGACACAAGUUAAAAUUUGGUUUCAAAAUCAUCGUUAUAAAAUGAAACGUGCAACACAAACUGAUGAAAUCUCUUCAAAUACAUUCAUAAAAAGAUCAAAUAAAAUAAUUCCCUCAACAGAAUUCAAUUCAUCAUCUUCUUGGAAUUCACAAUAUUUAACAAAUCAUACAAAAUGGCAAUCAUUAACACAUCAAGAAAGAAACACUUUAUUAAAUGAAAUAUACAAUUCAAAUGAAUUAAACAAAUUAUCAAAUCAUGAUCACAUUAAUCAAUCAAAAAAUGAUCAUUAUGAAAAUUUCAAAGAACCAAAUGAAAAUAAUAAACAACAGAAUAAUUCAGAACAUAAAAUUCAAUCCAUUAAUUACACUGAUAUAUUUGAAAAAUCAUGGUUAACAAAUUGGGUUAAAAUGAUUUCUAAUUCGUAUACAAAUGAUACUAUGAAUAUGCAUGAUAUACAUCAUUAUCAUAAAUCAGAAAAGUUACGAAAUAAUUAUGAUAUCUCUACAAAAAUAAUCAAUAAUUUUAUGGAUCCAUGUAAUGAUGAUGUAAGAGUAAAUCAAUCUGAUAUUACAUCUACAGAUGAACUAUAUAAAAUAGAAAAACUUAAAUCAUUUAAAAUUGCAAAUGCUACAAUAUCAUCUGAAAAAUUAUUACAAAUAUGCCAACCGGUUUUAGAAAUAGAUCAGUAGAUUGUUAUCAAAUAUUAGGUAACCGAUUUCUGUCACAUUGGAUAACACAUUUUUUUUUUGUUUUUUUAAAAAAGCUAUCUCUAUAACUUUUUCGAAGCUGCUAACGAACAUAAAGCUUAGAUUAAUCAAAUGAAAAAUCUGUCUAAAUAUUUAAUAAAUAUUUCAUAUUGUUUAUUUGAGUAGUAUUAAAUUGUCUUUUUUUAAAGAAUUUAUUUCGAUAUUUUAUUGAAUGAUGUGAUGGAUUCUAUUGUUUAAGAAAAUCAAUUCAUUUUAAUGUUUACUUCUCAACUAAACCGAUGAUAUGUCGUCCUGAAUAUACCUCUUAUUUAAUUUUUUUUUUGUUCCCUCCAUAAUUAAACGUUUAUAAUUUGUGCUACUUACAAGUAAUCAAACGAAUUCUGUAUAUUUUUCUUGUGUCAUUAUAGUAUUUGUCAUAAGAUUAUCUAUAAUAAUGAUGUUUUUAAUUAUUGCUUCAGCAGUUAUUAUGAAAUACCCUGAAGAACAAACAACAGAUAAAUCAGUAAACUCUAUUCAUUUAUACAUUCCAGUAAGUAACAUAGAGCUAACUUGAAUGAUUACAAUUCAAAGUACCAUUAUCCGACAAUAAUCAAAAGUACUGAAACUAACUGAUUUGACUCAAAAGGGGUUUACUACGAAAAUUCCAUGUAAACAUCAAAAUUUAAUACAAGUCCCUUGACUAGAUCAAAUGAUUAGUUUCGUAAAAGACUUAAAAGGGAUUACAAAAAUUAGGAUACACAAAAGAAAC